AUGGAGGAGACUAAAGAGCUUCUUCUCUAUCUUUCCGAUGCAAAAGACUUUAUUUCCCGAUUAGGACAUCUUCGCAAUAAAUUGACCGAAAAGGAAAAGAAAAUCAAAGAGAGUACAUUGGGUGUAUCAAAAGACGAGGCAAAGGAAAUGAUUGGUAUUCUUAAGCGUAAAUUGGUUUGUUUACAAAAAUGGGGUCGUUUAGUUACGACUGAUAACCAAUAA